GCGGCAACACUCUUUAAAUAAUGAAGCGCCGAUGCGUUCUCUCGGAAAAGCCAAAAGAGAAUGAAUCAGCGAACAACAUUAUUUUGUGUGGGGCGGACUAACUAGCCUCUUUUCAUACCUUGCUAACGCCAGUGCUGGAGUGCCAUUAGAGUACAUCGGUGGAGCCAUGCAGCUUCAGUCCGCCUCCAACUGCAAGGUUUCGGGUUUCAUUCUAGCGGAGAGAUGUACCUUGGCAUCCAAGAUGGAAAUCCAUCGCGAGCAGAGCAUUUGCCAGGCCAGAGCCGCUGUCAUGGUGUAUGACGACGCCAAUAAGAAGUGGGUGCCUGCAGGAGGUUCGACCGGCUUCAGCAGGGUUCACAUUUAUCACCACACGGGAAACAAUGCCUUCCGGGUGGUGGGUCGCAAAAUUCAAGACCAUCAGGUGGUAAUAAACUGUGCCAUUCCCAAGGGGCUAAAAUAUAACCAGGCCACACAGACCUUCCACCAGUGGCGGGAUGCGCGGCAAGUGUAUGGCCUCAACUUUGGAAGCAAGGAGGACGCCAACGUGUUCGCCAGUGCCAUGAUGCACGCCCUGGAGGUCUUGAACUCUCAGGAUUCCGGUCCUACAUUGCCUCGACAAAGCCCUCAGGUUCAGAAUGGCCCUUCAGCAGAAGAUGUGGAGAUGCAGAAAAGGCAGCUGCAGGAGCUUCAGCGCCAGAAGGAGCAAGAGCGGGAGCGAGAGCGGGAACGCCAGGAGCGUGAGACCGCACUGGAGCGCGAGCGACAGGAGAACGAGCGGCAAGAAAGGGAACGUUUGGAGCGCGAGAGGCUGGAAAGGGAACAGGAGGAGCGGGAGAGGAUGGAGCAAGAGCAGCGUCUGGAGCAAGAGCGCCAGGAGCGCGAGCGCCAGGAGAGGGAGCAGCGUGAGCGGCUGGAGAAGGACAAGGCGGAGGCGGAGAAGCAGGAGAGGGAGCAAGAGCACUCCUCCGACAAAGAGCAGGCGGACUGGGAACGAGGCCGACGCGUCUCCAGUGCUGCAUUUGAAAGCACCCUCUACACUCCCCCGGCCCCUGAUCACUCCAAAACCACCUGCACCUCCUCGCCUGUCUCGCCCUCCAAUCCAAGCUGUCCCGGCUCCUCCGCACCCUUCACCUCCUGUUCCACUCCCCCCACCCCUCCCCUGCGCCACUCGGCCUCCCGUUUCGCCACCUCCCUGGGCUCCGCAUUCCACCCAGUCUUGCCACAUUAUGCCACCGUACCCCGCAAGCAGCCAGCCCUGGCCUCUUCUUCUCCCCAUACCACCACCACCACCACCACCACUACGCAUUCUCAACCACCCUCCGCCCCUCCUGCCCCCCUGCCAGCCACGCAAAAGUCCACGGUCUGGUCGGCCUCUAACUUCAGCCCGCUGCCCCCGUCGCCCCCGGUGAUGAUCAGCAGUCCUCCGGGGAAAGCCACGGGCCCACGUCCACUCAUUGCCAUUCCAGCCCCCAGCCCUCUCAUCCAGAAGCCCCCGUCGCCAUUGCCCGCCAUGCCAAAUGGCCAGAUAGCGUCACCAAAACGCUGCACGCCCUCGCCAAAGUUCCACGCGCCACCGUCACCGGUGUUGGCCCCGUCCCCACCGCUGGCCUCCUCCACUCCCCCUCCUCCCCCGCUCCCUCCCCCGUCUCCCUGCCUUCCGCCUCCAUCCCCCUCUUCCUCCUCCAUGCUCCAUGCCUCCUCACCUCAUGUGUCCUCUCCCUCACCCCUGCCUGCUGUUGUCCCCUCUCCUUCCGCAGCCUCUCCUGCCUCCGCUGAACUCUCUGUAAAUUCUGUUGUGCUUGGAGACUCCCGCUCCACUCCUCCUACUACAGACCUGUCGGCUUGUCUGCCUGCUGCUGAUGUCCCCUGUCAGCCGGAUGGAGCACAGAGCGUUGGAGUACCGACACCCCCUCCUCCUCCACCCCUGCCUCCUGGCUCGAACGUGUCGUCCCCAGUCAUUGUCGGACCGCCGCCGCCCCCUCCCCCUCCCCCUCCUCCUCCUCCCCUGCCCCCAAUGUUAGCUUCUCCUGGGUCAGCACCCUUCCCUCCCACGCCCCCUACACCUCCUCCUCCCCCACCCCUGCCCAGCAGUCUGUUUGCAGCCUCCUCGCCCACCUCGGAGGACGGUCGGCCCAUUUCGGGCUUGGCUGCUGCCCUCGCUGGGGCAAAAUUGCGGAAGGUGCCAAGGGGUGACGAGGUGUCUGGUGCCAGCCUUGGAGGAGCAGUGGCCGCAGUGGGUGGGGCUAAAGCGGACCCCACCAGGGGCAACGGGCCGCUCUCUGGAGGAGGCGGACUGAUGGAGGAGAUGAGCGCACUGCUGGCUAGACGGAGAAAAAUUGCAGAAAAAGGAUCAUCACCUGAGCCAGAGCAAAGAAGUGAUGAAGCAGAGACGGCAGCUCCCAAAGUACCUCCUCUAUGUAGCACUCCAGAACUAACACGAAAACCUUGGGACAGGACAAACACUAUGAAUGGCAGCAAAUCGCCAGUUAUAGGAAGACCGAAGACUACACCCGCGGGAUUAUACGGCACGAACGGGGUGUUCACAGAAGUUGACUACGACAGAUUGAAGCAGGAUAUUUUAGAAGAAAUGAGGAAGGAACUUUCCAGACUUAAAGAAGAGUUAAUUGAUGCAAUCCGAGAGGAGCUGGGCAAAACAAAUUCUGCGUAGAAAAUUCCCCCAAGGCAUAACAUUUUCAUUUGCCUAACGUGUGUAAUCUAUUAUGAUGUAAUUUGAAAGUGACAAAAAGAAGCAACAGAUCUAAACGUUGGGAUUUUAACAGCUUGUGAUAUUGAUAUCAUAUUAAUGGAAGACUCUGGGAGAGCGGCAAGUGGACUGUGUGGGGGUGUUGAAUCUGAUGCCUUUGUACACCUCUACUUCCCCUUGGAGCAUGGAGCAAGUGUUUUACAGCAAGGGAUUUGUCAUGUGGAACUGAACAGUGCGGAGGAUAACUGGAAAUACCUAAGUCACGAGGAAAUGACGGUGCAUUGACAAGUGAGGUGUUGCUGUUAUGCAGACAGCCAUCAGGCAUUGAGACUAAUGAGGUAUGAGGCGUACAGUUGGAAAUCAGAAGUGACACAACAAGCGGGAUACUGACUAUGGGUAAAAAAGGAAGAGCUUGGUGGACCAAGUCGGUUAAAAUAAAGCCUUGCCAUCUUGGGUGAUAGUUGACUGGUUGUUAGUUGAGCUGCUAGGACUGGUAAAGCUCGUCUUCCUGAAAUAGUAUUUUGACAUGGAUUUAACAAUCACUGAAACUCGGGAAAAAUAAUGAGUUACCUAUGUCACAAAUCAUGGUCAUAUUAGGUAGCUUCACCACCUCAUUAUUAAACGAUGCCGUGUCUUUACGAGAUAUUUAUGAAUGCUCAACAUCUGAAGUAAUGGAUUUGACAUUGUAGCUCUUCCCAUGUUUCUUAUUUGUUUCUUUCUUUCUUUCUUUUGUUUGUUUUUUGAUAACUGAUGGGAUAUUUACAAGGGACAAUGCCUUUCUACUGUCAAUCAGCGUAGCUCUUUAACCAAAAUCAAGAGUAAUGGGUUCUCAACAUAACCACACAUCUAUGGAUAGGGCUCUCGGGAGUUAUCUUUUGUAUCAGAAAAUAUCUUUUUUUUAACCUGUCAGAAUUAAUGCAUGUCAUAUUUUACUUUUUGUGAAGGAGCGGCGUCCAUUACGUUCAUGUUGUCAGUUCGAAAGCAAUAAGUGUAGCAUUAUUUUGUUCUGUUUUUUCCCUCAGUCUAAACCAAGAUAACUUAAUCUACUAAUAUGUAUUUUUUAUUUUGUUCUCUUUAGUUUCCGAGGAAGCUCAUUUCUAUAAAGCCCUAAUGAAACUACAAUGACUAAAUCCUAUUGUUCUAGCCUCACCUGUGUCAACUGGUAAUGCCCUUUCUGAGUACCACAUCAGUGCAAUGAGAUGUAACUGUCAGAGAUGUAGGCUGCAUGUUUUGUGCCAUUUUUGUUCAGUGUCUGUGAUUUAUUUUUAAUUAUUAUUACUAUCUUUAUGCAUCUAUUUUUUUUCACCUUAUAAACAGGCACACAUACUUUCUGCUUUCAACUGAGCUGUGCUAACAGGAGAUGGCAAACUCCUGUUAGAAGUAAAACAUGUUCAUGUAAUAUUUACAUAAACAAUUCUCAGUGAUUAAACGAAAUACCUGGUGACUGUUAUCACUCAGUUACUUGGCCUCUAAGUCACUGGUGUAGGACAGGAAAAUAAAUACCAAUUUUAGGGGUAAACGAGCACAUAAUCUCAGCAAUGCAAAUUGCGAUAUCCUUAAUUUUGGUUCAAUGCCUUCAUUCUUGCUUUUGCAGUGAUCAAUGUCACGGUCACCCUUGUUUAAUGAAUCGCAUCAUCGCAUAGGUACUGUAGUGCUCCCUAAAAAUGAUCAAUCUCCGUUGCUGUCCCUUUCCUGAAACAGUAUUUUAAAUCAAGAAAGUUGUAGGAAGAGUGUUUACAGCAUUGAUUGCACUUUAAUAGGCUUAGGAAUUCAUCGUGCUACUGCUAGUAUUUCAAGACACCAUUGCCCUUACUGGUUAGCUCACAAAGGUCUCUCAGCAGUAGUCGUGCUGUUGCAUAAACAAUUAUUGACAGUGUUAGCAGUUAACAAAACUUACAACCCCUUCUUGCACAUCAAGAUAUGUUCAGCAAGAGAACAAAAAUAUAGAAGAAACUGAGUGUACUUAACUUCAACCAUUAUAACAUUCUUUGAUUAUUGAUAUGAUUUUACAAUCAUAGAUGAUCUUUAUGAUAAGACGGCACAGCCCGGUGAGGAAUGAAGAAUGAUGUCCAACAGUAGAUAUAUUGAUAUAUUAUAGAGAUAUUAUCUCUUCUAUUUACUUAGUAGAUUCACUCAAAAACUGAUAUGGGUUGUUUGGGUCACAUAAAAGUACCAAAGGAAUUUCAUGUUUAUAAAAAAGUUUUCUGAACCAGUUAUUUUCAAAAAAAAUAUUUCCCCCCCUAAAAAGUAUAUCUCCUCUGAGCCAACUACGAAAUAUCAUUACAGAAGAACAUGUAUAGCAUUUAUUUUGGAAAUAUUUAAAUUCACAUAGAUUGACACAUGAAUGGAUCUGUGAUUUCCCUGGUUUGUGCCUUGUUCUGAAGUUCAUGUUCAAAAAUGAUUUUAAAAAUGACUUACCGUAUUUCUUUGUCCACACUCACACACACACACAAACACACACACACACACACACACACACACACACACACACACACUCUAUCAAAUGGAUUUUUUGAUUUUACAUAUUUAAAAAAUAAAUACGUUUUGGUUUGCUUGA